UGGUAUAGUCUAACUAUGCCUCCUCUAAUCAUGUCUAAGAUCCUGUUACUACAGGGACUUUUGACUUGCGUUACGUUAGUUACUGCUCAGUAUGGAGAAAAUAAUCCAUAUGGACAGGAUUAUCCAUAUGGAGAAAAUAAUCCAUAUGGACAGGAUUAUCCAUAUGGAGAAAAUAAUCCAUAUGGACAGAAUUAUCCAUAUGGACAGGAUCCAAAUGAUCGUCAAGCGCUUGAAAGAGAAAUUUUGUCUCCUCCUGAUCCCUCUUUAUUUCCUGAUGCAACACACGGCGAAAAUAAUCAAAAAGGAUAUCACUUUUCAUAUGUUGCACCAAGUGGAGAUGGAUAUCAUACAAGACACGAAAUGAGAGAACCAAAUGGUAGAGUGACGGGUAGUUAUACAAUUAAUGCGAAUGGACAAUUGAGAAGAGUUGAUUAUGUUGCUGAUGAAAACGGAUUUCGAGCCGUUGUGAAGACAAAUGAGCCUGGUACAAGUAACGAAAGUCCUGCCUCGGCUACAGUUCAGUCCUAUUAUAAUCCCAUAAACCAGCAACCAUUACAGAGAAAUAAAAGAGAUGUAGAUAGCAAAGAUGAAAAAAGCAAACACAAUAUAGUUCGUCGUAAAAGUAUUAUUAUUCAACCACCACUGCCGCCACCUCCCCCGCCNCCACCAAAUCCUCCUUUUCCGCCUCCGCCUCCUCCACCACCUCCGAAACUUUUAAGCGCUUCUGCUCCUCCAAGUAAUUUUAGUCCUUCAAGUCCGCCGAAUCCGCCUUUUCCGCCGCCGCCUCCUCCGCCACCGCCAAAACUUUUAAGAGCUUCUGCUCCUCCAAGUAAUUUCAAUCCUUCAAGACCUCCAAAUCCGCCUUUUCCGCCUCCGCCUCCUCCACCGCCACCUAAACUUUUAAGAGCUUCUGCUCCUCCAAGUAUUCAGGCGCUUCAAGGUAAACAACUACCAAAAACAAAACUCCAGUUCACACAGUCUACAAAAGCAUCACCCACCAUUCAAACUCGCUGUGGGCGAAAGACUUCCAAACCUUUCAUUCCGAGACACAGUAUGUAG